UAGUCCUUUGGCGUGGUUAUGGUGGUGUCCGGGUUGGGGUUUAAUGGCCAUGGCCGUGUCCAGCCACGGGGUCUGGGGUCGUGUUCGGGAGCGAUUGCGGCGCUUCCCCGUCUUACUGGCGAGUUGUGAGCAGCAGGCAUCAGUCUAUGGCAAGUGUGUUGCCUCCAAGACAACAGGUCAUGGAGACCUGAAGAAGGAUGUGUGUGCCAAGGAAUUUCAGAUGCUGAUGGAGUGCUUCACAAAAGCAGCGAAGAGCAAUGUAAAGUAAGGCUCUGAAGCUGAUUCUACCAACUGCGCACUUGGAUUUAUAGUUGCUUUCAGCAGAGAAGGACAAAGUGCUCAAUUCAUCUCUUAUAUUGCACUGAGAAGAAAUAUCUAAAAAUGAACGGCUUACAAUAUAUAAGGAGCUUUCAAAUAGCGCAUCUCAACAA